AGCUACAAGCUUUUCAGAGCCCCUGCUCACCAUGAGCCGACAGCCACAGCCCCAGGCUGCGCGGACAGAGCGCUCCGCGUCUCUCCCGGUGUCUCCCACUUUGCCCAUGUCCCAGUAUGCGUCCCGCUCAGACUCCAAGGGAGCUUUGGACAGCAGCAGCCCCGAUGCCAACACGGAAGAUGACAAGACCGAGGAGGACAUGCCUGCGCCCAAGAACUAUCUGUGGCUCACCAUUGUCUCGUGUUUUUGCCCAGCCUACCCAGUCAACAUCGUGGCUUUGGUCUUCUCCAUCAUGUCUCAGAACAGCUACAAUGAAGGAGACUACGAAGGAGCCAGGAGGCUGGGGCGCAACGCCAAGUGGGUAGCCAUCGCCUCCAUCAUCAUCGGCCUGGUCAUCAUUGGUGUGUCAUGUGUGGUGCACUUCUCCAGGACCUCCUGAAGAGCCAGCCAUCAGCUGGGAGCAUGGAGGAUGGUCCUCAUCUGCACACACUCCAAGAAGUUUCUGAGGAAUGGAUCCUUGAUUUUAGACUGUGCGAUCUUUUCCUCCAGGACUCUCCAGAGGCAGGCCCCUGGCAAAUGAACACCAAGUCCGGAACAUAGGAAAUCAGAGUGGUACAGACAUGCCCAUCCAUGUCACUGAGUGAUACACAACAAGAAAAUGGCGUCUCCAUGUCUCAGUUCGGCAAACCCUUUGCAUCCAUUCCUCUUCAGUGGGGAUGAACUCCAGAAACCUCACAACGUGUCACUGGGAGGUCUGGAUUUUGGGGGAGCAGGUGGUUUCCAAGGAGAGCAGUGAAUGCUGGUGUUUACAAAAUCGAGUACAAUCUUUGUAGCAUGUUAGAGUUGUCUAGUAAGUUGAACCCAUAGGUUUAUUUUCCCUAUGUUGGAAUUUCCCUCCAUCUCCCCCAGCAACCCCAGAGUUCAUGCAAGACUUUCUAGACUUUUGUCCCAUUUUAAAUGUUUCCCAAUAGUCCACCCCUUUUGCUUAUACAUGUAUUGGCCAGUCGGAGCCUGAAAACAAACCCAGAUCCUGGGCAUAGGUGCACCCUCUCCACCCCAGAUGUGGGAAUAAACUAGCUAUUUUAUGGAA